AUGUUGUCUUCUCAGACCCAGAAGACCGGCAUGAUCGUCAACGGCGCCCCCAAGUCUCGCGCAGAGGAGCUCAUGGCCCAACAUGCCCAGGAGGCUGCCCAGGGGCCCACGGUAGAGGAUGUCGUCGACGAAGAGGACAUCCUUCACCCGCCUCCCUCCUCCUCCUCCGCCACCGCCGCCGCUGCUGCUCCUGCUAAAUCUCCUGCUGCUGCUGCUGCUGCUGCUGCUGCCCUCGACGUCCAGUCUGAGGAGUCCUUCCCGGCUCUCGGCGGUCCCAAGGCCUCCUUUCGUCCCUCUGCCGUCCCUGUGGCUUGGGGAGGCAGCAAACCACAGCCUUCUCCCGCCGGUACUGCUGCUGGUGCCACUUCUACUGCUCCAGCUCCAGCUCCUGUUCCUGCACCGGCUCCGGCCUCGUCCACCCCAAGACAGCUCACCAUUCCAGGCAAACAUGUGGACCAAUUCCGCUUCGAUUCCUCCCAGAUGCUGCCUCGCUCGGAGCUCAAGAAGCCUGUGUCUGACAUCCUGAGAGAUAUCAGCAAAAAGUCCAAGGUCAGACUCGAGGUCAGGGAGGGUGCUGGUGGUGUCUACAUCUUCGAGGGCACAGGCAACGUUGAUGCUGUCAGGCAGGCCUUGAAGGAGGUUGCCCAGCAGGUCGGCAGCACGAAAUCCGUCAAGGUCCCGGUGCCGGCUUCGGCCAGACCACACAUCAUUGGCCGUCAAGGAGCCGUCAUCCAAGGCAUCCUCGACCGCACCGGAGCCCGCAUCGACGUCCCUAAGCCAGACGAGUCCAAACCGCUUGACGACGAUGACGAGGACAACACAAUUGAAAUCACCAUUGAAGGUGAUGCCCUCGCUGCAGAGAUGGCCCGCCGAGAGAUCGAGGCCCGUGUCAAGGAACGCACCUCCAACAUCAGCCUCCGUCUCAAGACCGUGGCCCCGGAACUCUUCCCCUUCAUUGCCGGUCCGCACAACCAGUCCAUCAACAGGCUGGAGGAGCUCACCAAGACCCAGAUCCGUGUGCCCAAGUACCACACCUGGGGCCACCGUCCCCCUCCACAGGAGCCUGCCUCGACCUCAGGACCGGUUCUCUACACUCCCGACCCAGACCAGCACAUCAUCAUCGUCGGUGAACGACAGGCUGCUCAGGAGGCCCGCUCCCAGAUCGAGCGCCGAGCCCAACUGCUGCAAAACCGUAUCACCCUCCGUCAGCUCGCAAUCAACCGUGGACAGCACCAAUUCAUCGUCGGUGACAAGGGUGACUCCCUGCAUGACUUUUUGGCCUCCACCGGAUGUGCCAUCGUCCUGCCCCCGCCAUCAGACGAUACCGAGUUCCUCACCAUCACAGGCCCUGCAGAGAGCAUCGAGGCUGGUGUCAACCGUGCCAUGGACCUGGCUACCAGCAUGCAGAUGGCCAACAUUGACGUCUCGCGCCAGCACCCCAAUGCCCCCUGUGGCCCGGAUGUCCAUGCUCGUGCUCUGACGGCCUAUCUCCAGCACCGACGGGUCAUCGAACAUCUCGAAAAGACGCAUGAUUCCCACAUCGUCCUGCCUCUCGAAACGGCUAGCUCCUCCAACGCUCCGAUCACCUGGGAGGUCUACUCGCGGAACGGCAAAAAUACGAUUCUGGCCCGGUCUGAUAUCAUGAACCUGAUCCAGGCCCUUCCCCCGUCAAAGCUGGCCACCGUGCCCGUCGAUCCUUACCUGCACGGAUACCUCCGCUCGCGUGGCCUGCCCCAGCUCAAGGAACAGUUUGGCGUGCACCUGGUUGUUCCUGAAACCGUUGGUCCACCAGCAUCCGAUAGGCCGGUCAACCUUGUUCUCGCCUACGAAGGCCCAGAAGAAGUCACCGCCCAGAGCCCCUGUCUCAAACGCCGCCCCUCAAGCGAGGACGCCGCCGUUUUCCAGAAGGCCCUGCGUGAAGCGACGGAGUAUUUGCACAAGGUCCUAGGUGACCCCAAGGACGUCUCUUCCCAGUCUGUCCCCAUCCCGCCCAAAUACCAUGACAGACUGCGCCGUUUCGUCGCCCAGGACCAAGCCAGCUACGGCGAGACGCAUAUACCCGUCAGUCUCGCCUUUGCUGCCGACAACGCCAACAACGCCUCCAUCCGUGGCCGUUCCGCUGACGUAGCUAACCUGGUAGCUAAGCUAGCCACCUUCGUAGCUGACCAGGAACGUGAUGACCGUGAACGCAACCACGUAACUACAUUCGACUUCCCCCAGAAAUACGCAAACUUCCUCAUCGGCAAACGAGGCGAAAACAUCAACAAGCUGCGUGAAGAAUUUGACGUAGAUAUCAAAGUCGAAAACGGCAAGGUAGACAUCAAGGGACCACCCGCUAAGGCCGCAGCUGCAAAGACUCGUAUUCUCGCGCUUGCAAAGAAACUCGAAGACGAAGCUACGUAUGUUCUUAAGAUUGCUCCGCAGUAUCAUCGUGACCUUAUCGGUCAGAAGGGAAGCCAGGUCAACCGUCUCCAGGAACGCUACAACGUUCGUGUUCAGUUCCCUCGUGCCAACAACAAUGUUCCAGAUGACGUUUCCAUAGCCGAUACAAGCGAGGCUGCUGGCCCUACCAAUGGCAACAGUAAUGCUCGUUCUCGUGCCCCCCAAGCGGCUGAUGAAGUCAUUAUCCGCGGGCCCAAGAAGGGCGCCGACAGCACCCGUGAUGAAAUCCUCUCGCUCUAUCAAUGGCUCGUAGACCACUCCCAUUCAGCGGUUGUCUCGGUUGCUCGCGACCAGAUACCGUCUCUCAUUGGCCAGCGAGGACGAGAAAUGGAUAAAUUCCGUGCUGAAACGGGUGCACAAAUUGAUAUUCCUGGACCAGAGACCGGAGAGGGCGAGGCCGGAGCUAGAGUUGAGAUUCGUCUCAAGGGGACAAAGAAGCAGGUUGACGAUGCGAAGAAACUGCUUCUUGCUAGGGCCAGGGACUUUGAUGAGACCAUUACUCGUACCGUUGAGGUUGAUAAGAAGUAUCAUAAGGCUCUCAUCGGUGCUGGUGUCAAGUUCCCACGAGCUGACAGUGAUGAAACCACCAUCAAACUCGAAGGCAAGGAGGCAGUAGUCACCAGCCUGAUCAAUGCAAUCGAAGAGUUCGUCCGCCAGAAGGAGGACCAAGUGACCAUCUCCAUUGAAGUCCCUCAAUCCCAACACCGCCAUCUCAUCGGCCGAGGAGGCGAAACCCGCCGCCAACUCGAAUCCCAGUUCAACGUGGUUCUGGACGUGCCCAAACAGGGCUCGAACCGGACCGAUGUGAAGAUCAAGGGUCCCUCUGCGGCCGCUGAACAAGCUAAAACACACAUCGAAACCAUGCUCAGGGAUCAGCAAGGUGAAACCGUUGAAGUCCCAGUACACUUGCACCAUGUGAUAUCUGACAACGGCGCGUUUUUCCGCCAACUGCGGAAUAACCAUCAGGUCACCGUUGACCAUGCAGGGCACAAAGUGCCUGCCAAACCUUCCCCUGCAGCCGUUGAGUCGCGCGCAGACUCAACUUCCCUCCCACUCAUCACUGACGCAGACGACUCCACCCCCGACACAUUCUCCUGGAAAAUCGUCGAGCCAGCCAGUCCACCUUCUGACUCAGCUUCAACCACUAUCCCCUGGGUUCUCUCCGGUUCUCCCGAGAACGUAACCAAGGCUAAAGCGCUGCUUACCGCCGCUAUAGCCUCGGCCGCUCAGCCAUGCUGCACGGGUUACUUGAUCCUGCCCGACCCCAAGACCUACCGCUUCGUCGUGGGUACGGGCGGUUCUCAAAUCAACGCCAUCCGCUCCAAGACCGGAUGCAGGAUCAACGUCCCCAAGGGCCAGGCUGGCGGAGAAGCGAUUGAAGUCAAGGGCUCGAGGGACAACGUCGAGCUCGCGCGGGAGAUGAUUCUUGAUGCUGUCAAGGCCGGACUUGCGGGCCCGGGAUCGAGGAGGUAG